ACGUGUUAUUUGAAAAUCGUUUACUAUAAUUUUAGUUUAUAAAUUUCGCGCGCGUGUUCAUACUUCUGUCAACAUUGUUAAAUUGGUUAUCACAUAUUGUUAUUUUGUCUUCGCAAAGAAUAUUGAGUCAUUUAUUUAAUCGAAUAUUUGAAAAACGUAGAAAACAUAUUUUUAUUUCGUUGGUACUGAUAGUAUAGUAGUGUAGUAGUUACGUCCCCAACGUAAGGUCGAGGAAGCGUUCUCUCUGAAACAGUUUCGGCAAAAAAAUUUAAGAUAAUUGGUAUUUAUUAUACUUUAUUCGAAUAAUAAGUAUUAAAAAAAAAAUUAGGGUAUAUUCUAUAAAAAAUUGUAUUUUUUACUAACGAGGAAAGAUGUUUAAAAAAUUCGAUGAAAAGGAUAGUGUUUCCGGUAUACAGCAAUUAAAAUCGUCCGUUCAGAAAGGAAUACGUUCGAAACUCUUGGAUUUAUAUCCACAUUUAGAAAGUCAUGUAGAUACUAUCAUUCCAAAGAAGGAUGCAUUUAGAAUUGUUAAGUGUCAUGAUCACAUAGAAAUUAUAGUCAAUGCAGCAGGAGAACUUUUAUUCUUUCGACAACGUGAAGGUCCAUGGAUGCCUACAUUAAGGUUAUUACACAAAUAUCCGUUCUUUUUACCAAUGGAACAAGUCGAUAAAGGAGCAAUCAGAUUUGUACUUAGCGGUGCAAAUAUUAUGUGUCCAGGUUUAACAUCAAAAGGUGCAAAAAUGACACCUGUAGAGAAGGGAACUGUUGUUUAUGAACUUAAUAAGCAACUAGGCAGUUAUGGCAGAAGGGAAGCAGCAUGCUUUAGCAGUGGGUGUAACUACUCUAUCAACAGAAGAUAUAGCCAAAGUGAAUAAAGGAGUAGGAAUCGAAAAUUGUCAUUAUUUGAAUGAUGGAUUAUGGCAAAUGAAGCCUGUGAAGUAAGAGGAAAAUAUUAUAAUAAGCAUCCAAAUUGUGUAUCAAUAAGAUUUACAUAUUAUAUGAAUAAACUCGUUGUUUUUAAAUAUAA